UCCGCCGCAGUGGGAGGAAGUUAAACCACAAAGCAGGCUGUAGCCUACUACAACACACAGCUACUUAAAUACAUUCGAAUCUAUUGAAGCGGAUUUCCAAUGAUACGUGCCGUAUUGGAGCUAAAACAAUCAAACUCUAGUUGUGGACGGCUAGUUUGCGAACGAAUGGACGGCAUACGAAGAGGCGUCCUUUUCCUGGCGAUCGAAUAGUGUUUCUCGCUCCAGUUGGCCGAAGCGUGCUGAACGCGUCGUAGUGCUUGGUUCUUAUUUUAUAUUUUAAGGGAAGGAUUACGUCGGGUACUGUGCAGAAGCUGAGACAUCGUCACCAUUUCGCAACCGAUGAGCUGCUCACGACCCUAGUCUCCAGGUCCAACCGCCCUACGACUGUCAAACGACGGCGGAGAGUAGGAAGAAAAGUUAUUGCGUUAACCAAGCGAUCCAGUUUCUAUGUUGGAACGCACCCCCCCACCCCUCCAUCAUCACGCGUCACCGCCGCGCCACCCUCCCGCCGUCAGUCGCUCUGUGUCGGGUCUCCAAGCGAGGAGGGCCCCCCCCAGCGCUCUGCUUAACGAGGCAAUUAUGGAUUAUUUCGUGCCGUGUUACCAAUCUUCAUAAAACCUUUUGGAUUUUUACGACCGUGCCUCUGAAGACUUGAAGACCUCCUCCCGGGUCGAGUCGCGGUUCCACCCGCUGGUGGUUAAACGUUAUUACCGCACAUCGCUGGCGGACGUCGAGCCAGGAGUCGUAGCUGCUAGCUGGCCACAUCAGGACACUACUUGCUACUAGCAAUGAGAACGCUUUUAGGCGAACAGCACUGCAUUUAAAUAAUUAAAAAAAAAUACACAUUUUCCGAAUGGUGGAAACGUGGGAGGUAAUUUUCUAUUCGCUGGCUAGCGAGUUAGCCUCUUCGUCCUCGCUAGCAGCCGUGCAGGCUAGCUCGUCGACUACCCACAUAUCGUUGUUUCCGACGUUAUAGAAAGUAAACGGUCGGGCUACGUGUGGAUGUAGCAGCUUGUUGUUGUGCGCUCGUCCCGUCUCCCUGGACUGGACACAGUGCCAGGUCGCUCUGCUGAACAGCACCGUUCGGGAGAGCUUUCGGGUGAUCGCUGAGCCGAUAAGGAACAUUACACAGGAAGCCAACAACGAUGGCAACAUAAACAACAGCCGUGCUGGGAAUCUCUCCUUAACUUCAACACAACACCUCUUGACGUGACUCACUGGCCGUGUUUGCACGUGUCUUUAUUCAAGUGGAACGGAGCUGGGUUCUCUGGGUUUCGGGUUAUUAUCUGAGCGAACGGCCUUCCACUGUUGAUUCGUUAUUUUUUCUGAUUUUGUAAAACAAUCGCUCGCCCAUUUACAAACAUCUACCCCCCCCCCCCCCUAGACGAACCGAUCAGUGGGGCGCAUCAUUCAUGGAUGGACAUCAUUCCCAGUAGGACCUACGAUGUCCAAGGACCUGUAGGACUGGACAGUGCUCCUCUGCUAACCCUCUUCUGAGACCUACCUGGUCGAGGCAGAACCCAUCGCCAACCAGCAGAGUCCGGGGCAGCGGUGGCCAUUAACGUGAUCGCAAGCUGCAUUUAAAUGCAACAUUUGCAUUGACAUUUCCCCGUUAUGCCGUAUCACUGCGAUGCCUGAAUCUCUGGGGAAGUACAACUACUCUGACGACGACGACGACCACCCAGCAACCUAUACAAUCCACGUUCACUCAUCAAUGUCUCCCCCCUUCUCAGCCACACAAUGAUGUGUUUUGAAACGGAGUGUACCGAAUAACACGCUUUUGAGCCAACGACAUUCCGGCUGAUGGUGUUCCCUGCCAUCCACAAAGCUCUCCGUCAUGCACAUGGGCCCCGGGUGUUGGUAAUAUAAGGCGACAUUCGUGUUUAUAACCUCUUCAACCCAUUCCCCGUGUGAUAUCUGGCAUCGAUUCGGUUGUCCGGGGCUGAAGAUGGCGGACCUCGAAGCAGUGCUCGCCGAUGUCAGCUACUUGAUGGCGAUGGAGAAGAGCAAGUCUACUCCAGCGGCCCGGGCGAGUAAGAAAAUCAUCCUCCCUGAACCCAGUAUUCGCAGUGUGAUGCAGAAGUACCUGGAGGAGAGGGAUGAGCUGACGUUUGACAAAGUCUUCAACCAGAAGAUAGGCUUUCUGCUGUUCAAGGACUUCUGUUUGAAUGAGAUAGAUGAAGCAGUGCCACAGCUCAAGUUCUACGAAGAGAUUAAGGACUACGAGAAGCUGGACUCGGAGGAGGAGAGGUUGCUUCGCAGCAGACAGAUUUACGAUGGCUACAUCAUGAAGGAACUUCUGUCCUGUUCACAUCCUUUCUCUAAGAAGGCGGUGGACCACGUCCAGACCCACCUGGCCAAGCAACAGGUGCCCCCCGCUCUCUUCCAGCCGUACAUAGUGGAGAUCUGCGACAGCUUGAGAGGCAACAUCUUCCUGAAGUUCAUCGAGAGCGAUAAAUUCACCCGGUUUUGCCAGUGGAAGAACGUCGAGCUAAACAUCCACUUGACCAUGAAUGACUUCAGUGUGCAUCGGAUCAUCGGCAGAGGGGGCUUCGGGGAGGUGUACGGCUGCAGGAAGGCAGACACGGGGAAGAUGUAUGCUAUGAAGUGUUUGGACAAGAAGAGGAUUAAGAUGAAGCAGGGAGAGACUUUGGCCCUCAAUGAGAGGAUCAUGUUGUCUCUCGUCAGCACAGGGGACUGUCCGUUCAUCGUGUGCAUGACCUACGCCUUCCACACCCCCGACAAGCUAUGCUUCAUCCUGGACUUGAUGAAUGGAGGAGACCUGCACUACCACCUGUCUCAGCACGGUGUGUUCAGCGAGAAGGAGAUGCGUUUCUACGCCGCCGAAAUCAUCCUGGGCCUGGAACACAUGCACAACCGCUUCGUGGUCUAUAGAGACCUCAAGCCGGCCAACAUUCUGCUGGACGAGCACGGCCACGUUCGGAUCUCGGACCUGGGCCUCGCGUGCGACUUCUCCAAGAAGAAGCCCCACGCCAGUGUGGGCACGCACGGCUACAUGGCUCCAGAGGUGCUGCAGAAGGGGACGGCGUACGACAGCAGUGCUGACUGGUUCUCCCUGGGCUGCAUGCUGUUCAAACUGCUCCGAGGGCACAGUCCGUUCCGACAGCACAAAACCAAAGACAAACAUGAGAUUGACCGGAUGACACUUACCAUGAACGUGGAGCUGCCGGACUCCUUCACGGUGGAGCUGAAGGGUCUUCUGGAGGGUCUGCUGCAGAGAGACGUGGCCAAGAGGCUUGGCUGUCUGGGUCGAGGGGCUCACGAGGUGAAGGAACAUCUGUUUUUCAAAGGCAUCGACUGGCAGCAGGUGUACCUCCAAAAGUACUCUCCUCCUCUGAUCCCACCGAGAGGAGAGGUGAACGCAGCAGAUGCUUUUGACAUUGGCUCCUUUGAUGAAGAGGACACCAAGGGUAUCAAGCUAUUGGACAGCGACCAGGAGCUGUAUAAGAACUUCCCGCUGGUCAUCUCGGAGCGCUGGCAGCAGGAGGUGGCGGAGACGGUGUACGAGGCGGUCAACUGCGACACGGACAAGAACGAGGUCCGCAAGAGGGCCAAGAACAAGCAGCUGGGCCACGAGGAGGACUACGCCCUGGGGAAGGACUGCAUCAUGCACGGCUACAUGCUGAAGCUGGGGAACCCGUUCCUCACCCAGUGGCAGCGCCGCUACUUCUACCUCUUCCCCAACCGGGUGGAGUGGAGGGGGGAGGGCGACACACGGCAAAACCUGCUGACGAUGGAGCAGAUCCUGACGGUGGAGGAGACCCAGAUCAAAGACAAGAAGUGCAUCCUGCUGCGCAUCAAAGGAGGAAAGCAGUUUGUGCUGCAGUGCGAGAGCGACCCGGAGUUCGUCCAGUGGAAGAAGGAGCUGACGGAGGCCUUCACCGAGGCCCAGAAGCUGCUCCGCCGGGCCCCCAAGGUCAUCGGCAAGGGCCGGGCCGGCAUGGUGGAGCUCUCCAAGCCCCCCCUCACCCACCGAAACAGCAACGGGCUGUGAACCGGCCCCCAGCGACUCGCCCCGCCCGACCCACCGCCACCACCAGACGCACGCACACACCGACCACACCUCCAGACACAAGACACCCCCCCUCCGCGGCCCUCCGCCCUCUCUCCCUCCGCCCGCCCCCGCCCGACCGGCCAUAGCACCGCCUGGUCCUGCCGCCUCCUCCACCUGCUCCGCCUCCAGCAACGGCCCCCCGAAGACGGCGCAGUGCGUGGGCCGGCCCCCCCGCCAGACUAAGCAGACUCUGCAUACUUGUGUUUGAAAGAAAACAAUACGCACACACACACCAUCUCUCCUGUCUCUUGUGUUACGGCCAAUCACAGACGGGCGGGAUGGGCGUGAACCGUGAACGGUGGGAAGGAUGAACUGAGCAUGUGCGAAUUGAACCCCCCCCCCCCCCCCCC